GACGCGCCGACUGCGGUGGGCGGGCUCGGCUUAGAAAAUUAUAAGGUCAUUUGAAUUACGCCUGCCCGUUGUGCGCUCGCCGGUGACAAUGGAGCGGAGAAUAAUAAAAGCGACCGUGACCCUGGACGGAUGAUGAUCGCCGGGUCGAAGUCGACGCGCAAUCGCUCGGGCAUUUUCUCAGCGGCAGCAGCGGGAGGUCGUUGCGGGGUUGACGGCAGGAGGAGAGGAGCCCAGCGCGAGCGUCUGCUUGGGUGCGUUUCUCUGAGCCUCCAUCGAGCCGGAGGGAGCGACCGGGCUGGCCUGUAAGCCGAUCAAGGUGGAAUCUCCCACAUCGAGCUUCACGGUCGGAUUGCUGCGCACAUACAUGCUGUAGCAGAGAGAAGAAAGGGGCAAGGAUGAUGCGUCUGGCAUGUUGCACAGCCCUGCUGUUUGUGUUGAAGCUGCUGGUGGGCCUGCCAUGGCACCAGGUUAUUCCAGGCAUCCUGAUCUUCUAUCUCGGAAGCGGAGGAUGGACCUUUCUGGACAUUGUUGCCAAAACCAUUGGCAGAGAUCUACAUGCGGCCUACGUGUUACUGCGCGUGAAGCUAAACGUGAAGCGCCACGUCAGAGAGAAGAACACUAUUCCUAAGAUCUUUGCGGAAACUGUGCAGCGCCACGGCGACAAAACUGCUCUCAUCUUCGAGGGGACCGGGGAGAGGUGGACUUUCCGACAGCUGGAUGAAUACUCCAACCGAGUGGCCAACCUGCUGCUGGAUCGCGGCUUUAAGGAAGGCGAUGUGGUGGCCCUCUUCAUGGAGAACAGAUCCCAGUACGUGGGGCUCUGGCUGGGCAUGGCUAAAAUCGGAGUCGAAGCUGCUCUCAUCAACUUCAACCUGAGACUAGAAGCUCUGGUCCACUGUGUUACCAUCUCCGACGCCAAGGCUGUGGUGUUUGGUUCAGAGCUGUCUGAUGCGGUGUCGGAGGUCCACAGUUCAAUGAGAAAGGCAGUUCUGAUGUUUUGCUCUGGAGACUGGGACCCCAAGCGAGCACCGCAGGGAACCGAGUGCUUGGAGACCCUGCUGGCUGGUGCCUCGUCUCGCCUGCCUAAACGGCCGCAGCGCUGCUUCACAGAUCGCCUGUUUUAUAUUUACACAUCAGGAACCACGGGGAUGCCUAAAGCUGCCAUUGUUGUGCACAGCAGAUACUACCGCAUGGCUGCUUUGGUGUAUUAUGGCUUUAGGAUGACCUCAGACGAUGUCCUGUAUGACUGCCUCCCGCUCUAUCACUCUGCAGGAAACAUUGUGGGAGUGGGGCAGUGCCUAAUACACGGAAUGACUGUGGUCAUCAGAAAGAAGUUCUCUGCAUCGCGUUUCUGGGACGACUGUGUCAAAUACAACUGCACCAUUGUGCAGUACAUCGGAGAGAUCUGUCGAUAUCUCCUGAACCAGCCGGUUCGGGACACGGAGCGCCAGCAUCGGGUGCGCAUGGCGCUGGGCAACGGCCUGCGCCAGUCCAUAUGGGAGGAAUUCAUGAAGCGCUUCAAUAUCCCACAGAUCGCAGAGUUUUACGGAGCCACGGAGUGCAACUGCAGCCUGGGCAACUUUGGGAACAAGGUUGGCGCGUGUGGCUUUAACAGCCAAAUUCUGCCCUUCAUCUAUCCCAUCAGACUGGUGAGGGUUGACGAGGAAACCAUGGAGCUCAUAAGAGGGCCUGAUGGAGUCUGCAUUCCUUGUAAACCUGGCGAACCUGGUCAGCUUGUUGGCAAGAUCAUUCAGAACGACCCCCUUCGCAGGUUCGACGGCUACGUUAACCAAUCCGCAACGAGCAAGAAGGUCGCCAAUAGUGUCUUCAAGAAGGGCGACAGCGCCUAUCUCUCUGGGGACGUGCUGAUCAUGGAUAAGUAUGGCCACAUGUACUUCAAGGAUCGAACAGGAGACACUUUCCGGUGGAAAGGAGAGAACGUGUCAACAACUGAGGUGGAGGGAACCCUGAGCAGGCUGCUAGAUAUGAAAGAUGUGGUUGUUUACGGAGUAGAAGUACCAGGAGCAGAGGGGAAGGCUGGAAUGGCAGCCAUCGCCGAUCCGUCCCAAUCCACCGACCUGGAGAAGUUUUUUAAAGACAUGGACAAAGUUCUCCCCCCGUAUGCCAGACCUGUGUUUCUUCGCUUCCUCCCAGAAGUCAACAAGACGGGAACGUUUAAAUUCCAGAAAACAGAGCUGCGUCGGGAUGGUUUCAAUCCCGCUGCCGUCUCAGACAAACUGUUCUUCCUGGAUUCCAGCAGAGGGCGCUACGUGCAGCUGGACGAAGAGCUCUACCGCUCCAUCGUGUCGGGGAAGCACAAAUUGUGACGGCCCGACUGACCACUACAUCAACUUGAGCACACACUGACAUGCAGACAUGUUCCGGUAAAGAAAGCGAGGACAUUACUGCCUGCCUAGGUCAGCAGAACAUACACGUGGAUGCUAAUGCAAGAGCCAUACGCUUCCAAAGGCCAGUGCACACACAUGCAUAUAUAACUCCCUCCUUUGUCCGUUUCCAGUUUUAAAAUUAAGAGAUGUAUGGACAGCACGCUCAGAAGGAUACGCUCUGCUCCACCCAUCCCUGCUGAAAUCACCCCAGCAAACCCCCUCUCGCUACCUCAGCAAACAAAAAGAGAGGCAACAAACCACAGACGCCAUGUUCUUUCUGAUUAUAAAACCUCCUUUCAUUGCACCACCGUCCUUGAACACCCCCUACCAACAUGCUUUCCUGGCAAGAAUUAAGGAUUACUUGUCUGCUUGGAAUCUAGAAUGCAAAAACUCGCAAACUUUCAGAUUUAACACAAACUUUAAAGGAUACGGAAGAGAACUGUGAAGUCGGCUCUGCACAAGAAGUGUGCGGAACAACAACAAAAGGACCUUUGUGCUCCGGAGUUUUAUGAGUUCAUCGUUAUCAUGUCAUGUUCUAGUGAGAUUAUUUUGUGAAAGAUGGCACCUCUGCUUUUGACCUAACCUGCACAACUAGCCAGACGGUGAGAAAACCUGAUCAUUUGCACCAUCUGAGGUUCAGAUCAUCUGAAAACAUCAGUCAUUCCAACCUUCUCGCUCUCCAAAGCAUCCAGGCAAUUUCUAAUGAAAGGGAACAAAAUAAGAGCAGCUGCAGUGAACACAAAGAUUAAAUUAGACCAGUGGUUGCAGCUUUAAUGUGCAAUAACUCUCCAGCAUCUGCAGUGCAAUAAUGAGCUGCAAACCAUGAGAAUUUUGUGUUUAUUUAUUUAUUUGAAAAUGUCAUCCAACAUACCAAAUAUUUUUAGUUGAUGUUUACAUAUUUUAGGUUUAUAGAAGGUUUUUGUAUUUUAACUUUAUUUCUGUUGGACGUCUAUCCAAAUCCAUCCUUCACUGGCUUCAGGAGCCAAUCAAAACAAAGCUAUUGAAUGUUUUUUUUUUUUUUUGUUGUUUUUUUUUCUUUUUUUUAUCAGAUGCUGGAAGUAAUUUGACAGGAUAAAGUCAACCCUGGGCUUUCUGGUUUGCUUGCUGAACGUUUAUGGUCAUGUGGCCGUAUUGUGCAGGUUUUGGCUAAAAAGGUAGACUUUGUUCAUCUUGGGGGGGAGGGUGUUUGUGUGUCUGUUCAUUUAAGUGUAAUGAAAAGGACUUGACCGAAGACAGAAGGAAUAUCCUAUGAGGGAAGACUUCAUCAGGUGCUUAAGAGGGAGAUUCUUCUCCAGGUUCAAAAGAAUUGAUUAAUCCAAAGAUUUAAAACCGAACAGGGAAGAUUUGAACUGGAGCUGAGAUGGAAGAAGAGAAAAGUCAGACGUUUACUUAUGUUCACUAUGGGUAAUUUGGGGCUUUUAAUAAUAUUUUUUGAAUCACAGUUAAUAUCCAAUUAGGAUUAUGCAAUUCACAACCUGAAGGAACAGGCAUCCGGUGUGUAAAAGGUUGAAUUUGUGGGGGGUUAUUUCUAAUCAGCACAGGGUCAAGGAUAUCACUAUUAGCUCAUAUAUAUAUAUAUAUACUCACGUGUCCCCAUAAAUGUUUGGGUAAUUAUCCCUUUCCAACACACAGCUCAAUGCCUACACAUGCUGUAGCCACCAGCGUGUCUCUGGCAUGAUUCUGGCAGAAUAUUUGACCCAUGUUCAUUUGAAUUGUUUGAUUUCCUGGUAUGGAACCCGGACUUUUAAGCUUAGCCGAUACAUUUUCCACAGGACUUUGGGUGGGCAUGAAGGUAGUUGUGUCACGCUGAGGCUAUUUUACGUCUAGUGGCACUAGUGCAUCUCGUAAUAAUGGGUUGGGCAAUGAAGGCUAAAACCUGGCUCAACGUUCAUCUGAGCUAGAUGUGGGGUUUUUUUUUCGAUUUUGAGACAUGAUGUUCUAACAGGACGAUGACCUGAAACAAGCAUAAGAACCGGUGAGAAUGGAUAAAGUAGCAAAACAUUAAACUUCUAGAAUGGCCUUCACUUCAGUUCCGUUCUAAA